AAGAGACGAUUACUUGACGGUGCCGUCAAAUCCGAUUGUAAACAUUACUUUUCAUUUUGACAUAUUCAGUAUCGCAUUCUAAAAUUCACAAAAUCAAUGAGAGGUGCCAAGUGCAGUAGCUUUUCUAGAGUGAAUAAUAGUUCAUCAGCUUAUAUUCUGAGAUAAAAUGGAUCGUUCCAUCAAUAGAUUAGAGUGCCGGGUGUGUGAAUCGGAAGAAUUGCUUAUAAACAUAUUCAUGAAUGAAGUUCACAGGAUUGUCGAAAAACUUUGUUUUUGUGCAUCGGUACAGGUUUCUGAAAACGAUGGCCUCCCUCAGCACAUUUGCACAAAAUGUUUUGCAGACUUGGAAAUAGCUUAUGCCUUUCGUAAACGCUGUGAGGAAAAUGAUGCUAAGCUUCGGAUACCAUUGAAUGUACCAGUUAAAGUAGAAAUAUUUGAAUUUUUGGCCUCAGAUAUAGAAACCGUUGAAGAACUCGAAGAAGUAAACUACCCAUGCGAUAACGAAAUAAACACGUCCGAAAAUGCUAUCAGUAAGCCAGAUGUGGAACUGGGCCAUUUUGAAGAACAAGACAGUGUUUCAUGUGACACUAGUGAUCUAGGUGAUGCCGAUUCCCUCGAUGAACUACAACCAAGUAUUCAAAAAAUCUCUAAAACUUAUACUUGUGACACAUGCGGGACGGUAUUUUCGAUAAGAAGUGAUUAUCAUGAUCAUAUCAGAGCACACGGAACCAAACGGUUUCAGUGUAAAACCUGCUUGAAAUGGUUUUCGCGUAAACCGGUUUUGAUCAGACACGAACUUCGCCAUCUAGGAAAACAGAAACGAGUGCCGUGUGAUCGGUGUUCGCUAGACUUUAAUUGUCGAGCAGCUUUAGUUCGCCAUAUAGCAGGUGUUCAUGACAAACGACGAGAUUUUGUAUGUACUAUUUGCGGUCACGGGUUCUCUCAAAAGACAGGCUUACAAGCUCACCAAUCAGUACACAGUGGAUCGCAAUUUAGGUGUUCAAUAUGUCAUGCAACUUUUAAAAGCCUGCGGUACUAUUUGCGUCAUGAGCAAUCACAUUUACCACCGGAAAAAAGAGAUCCCAAACUGAUGUUCACUACGACUUCUUACAAUUCAUAUAAGCAGCAAAAAAGAAUCUACGUUUGUUCUUACUGUGGAAAAACAUCUAAUACCCUCAACGGUCACAUAAUUCAUGAGCGUUUCCAUAGAGAUGAAAGACCCUACCCGUGUAAAACAUGUGGCAAAGCUUUCCGCCGUAAUGUAUUGUUGAAGAAGCAUAUGCGAACUCAUACAGGAGAGAGGCCCUACAAAUGCGAAAUUUGUGGCAAAUGUUUCAGAGAAAAAUCACACCUCACUACGCAUAACCUAACGCAUACACAGGAGAGAAAACAUGUUUGUCAGAUAUGUUCCAAAGCAUUUGCGUUGAAAUGUACAUUAAAAUCUCAUUUGAAAUGUCAUGCAGUUUGUGAUGAAAAUGAAUCAAUUCAAUAAAAUGUAUAACGUUUGUCGA